AUGGCCACCCUCAAGGCAUCGAUCUUGGCCAUCCUUGGUUUCGCCUUCUUCUGCGGUGCUGCCUUGGCUGCCCGCGACCUGAGCGACGACUCUGCCAUGGUGGCGAGGCAUGAGCAGUGGAUGGCGCAGUACAGCCGCGUCUACAAAGACGCCUCCGAGAAGGCUCGGCGGUUCGAGGUGUUCAAGGCUAACGUUAAGUUCAUCGAGUCGUUCAACGCUGGUGGGAAUAAUAAGUUCUGGCUCGGUGUCAACCAGUUCGCCGAUCUCACCAACGACGAGUUCAGGUCUAUCAAAACUAAUAAGGGCUUCAAAUCUAGCAACAUGAAGAUCCCUACAGGAUUUAGGUAUGAGAAUGUUAGCGUCGAUGCGCUUCCGACGACCAUCGAUUGGAGGACCAAGGGCGCCGUCACUCCCAUCAAGGAUCAAGGUCAAUGUGGUUGCUGCUGGGCGUUCUCAGCCGUGGCUGCCACCGAAGGCAUCGUGAAAAUCAGCACCGGUAAGCUCGUCUCUCUUGCAGAACAAGAGUUAGUGGAUUGCGAUGUCCAUGGCGAGGAUCAAGGUUGUGAGGGUGGUUUGAUGGACGAUGCUUUCAAGUUCAUCAUCAAUAACGGUGGCCUAACCACGGAGUCCAGCUAUCCUUACACUGCUGCAGAUGGCAAGUGUAAGAGUGGAUCAAAUAGUGCCGCAACCAUAAAGGGCUACGAGGAUGUGCCAGCAAAUGAUGAGGCUGCCUUGAUGAAGGCCGUGGCAAACCAGCCUGUGUCGGUGGCAGUGGAUGGUGGAGACAUGACGUUCCAAUUCUACUCUAGUGGUGUGAUGACUGGCUCAUGCGGUACUGACUUAGAUCAUGGGAUUGCAGCCAUUGGUUAUGGAAAGACCAGUGAUGGUACUAAGUACUGGCUGAUGAAGAAUUCAUGGGGCACGACUUGGGGCGAGAAUGGAUAUCUCAGAAUGGAGAAGGAUAUUUCGGACAAGAGGGGCAUGUGUGGCCUAGCCAUGGAGCCUUCCUACCCCACCGAGUAG